GAACAAGAAGACGUGAACUAGUGAGGAAAUGGAAAUACGUUGAGCUCUUAUACUUACAUUUUCUUAUUUAAAUACAUUUAUUACUAAUUUAUUAUUGAGGACAUGGUUAUUUUAUAACAGCAGUUACACUCGUAGACUCUUUGUACGAAUACAGUGAGUGGCAGAGAUGAUUUGACAAGAUAAACAAGGGACUGAAUGUAGUCUCAUGCUACCACUUUCGAUAUAGUGAUACAUAAAUGGGCUUUUAUGUCUGAAGCUUUUUAGCUGUUCUUUUUAUGAGCACAGACCGUGUCAGAUUAUCAGAAUGAUGCCACAUAAGGACAAGUAAUUGGACAAACUACAGCUGAAGGAAUGCCUCGUCGUUUGUUGUCAGUAUGGUUUUGGUUUGGGUCAGAUCGUGGAGGAUUCUGUCUGGGAACUUGUCUCCUGACAGCUCUCCUGCUGCUGAUGUAUGCUGGAGGAAUCCAGGCCAGCCUCAGCCUGGGUCCAGGUGGAGAGUUCCCAAGAGUCAGAGAUGUGUUCCUGUAUGCUCUCAGUCACGAUGACCUGCCCUCUCUGCUGGUCAGCGUUGCCUUCCUGCUGGUGGUGGGACCAUGUCAGGAGCGCCGCUGGGGAACCGUCGCCUUCCUGUCCCUCUCCACCCUCACAUCCAUCAUAUCACCUCUUCUCUAUACUCUGGUCCUCUGUGUCGGGGGGAGUGAGGCGAGUCGGAUCUGCGGUCACUCUGCCAUCCAGCUGGCCCUGUUCACAGCGCAGUGUCGUCAGGUGGCUCAGAGGAGGCUGCUCAGGAUCCUGCCCGUCUGGUUGCUCCCCUGGCUUCUUCUGCUGAUGGGUGUCCUGCUGCUGCCCGGGACCCCCGCCCUGCUGCACUUCUGCACAAUAUUCAUCGGACACAACUAUCACCAGUCCUUCAUCGGGAUGCUACAGGAGCUGGAGGAGGCCAGGCUCUUGGAUUUAAUUCCUGAUUGGGCGUAUAUACGUGCUUCAUCCCGGUUGAGAUUGCCCAUCUACACUACCUCACAGAGCUCUAGAUCACAUUCUCACAUGAUGCCUGCAGAUCAGGCGGCUGCUCCCCCUGUGAGGGAUCCAUCUGGUUUUAACCCCCACCCAUGGGUGGAUCCAGUGCCGGCCUGGAUACUGAACGAGUCUGCUGCGCUGUCUGAGGCUGACGUGCUGGAGGAUCAGAUGCUAAGGGCAGGAAUACUUGCCUCAUUACAGGAUGCUCCCGACAACCCUGAUGCUAAAGUGGAAGUGCCCAAAUCCUCAGUUUCCUCUCUGCGACUCCAGCAGCUGGAGAAGAUGGGCUUCCCCACAGAGAAAGCUGUGGUGGCGUUAGCAGCCUCCAAACAGCUAGAUGGCGCCAUUUCCCUGCUCAUUGAUGACCGCGUCGGAGAACAGGCCGUGAUGGUAUCAAAAGGGAAGCAGAGCACUUAAUCAUUUUUCUCUUGUAGGCCUACACUAAACUAGACGAACAGUAUGCUUGGGUUUUGCUGAGCUUGAAGCUUUUUUUCCCUGUGGGCUACUUGUAUUACUGACUUAAGGAUAACAUAGGGGAGGAGUUUUUCUUUUUCCACAACUGUGAAUCUAAUCAUAUGAAGAUGCAAACAGCUGCUUUGAAGACGAUUUCUGAAUGCAAAUUAAAUGUACGUUGAUUGAGUGGAUGUCAUUUAUUUAUGCUAUAAUCUCAAUAAGUAAUGUUGCAACACAUAAAAAGAGAUGACAUGGUUAUACAAAAAAAUUAACAUUAUUUUAUUACAUCAAUCACUUAGACAGGAUUAUCUUAACACAGUAACACAUUUUGAAGAAAAGAAAUGUAGAGUGAAAUAUGAAAUGGUUACACAACAACAUACAAAAUAAUUGAUAAUUUUAAAUAGUUUCACAAUAAGUUUGAUAUAAGAUGAAAAAACAAUUAUCAAGUUUUUCAUCAGGACAGUUUAAGCUGUCAACAGUGGUAAAAAAAUAUGUUCAAGUUCCAUUAACAGUUUUGUUAUUUCCUGUGUGUAUGUGUAAAAUAUCUGGAAAUGGAGAGCAAGUCUUUUAUAGUUAUUUUUAUAUCAACAUGUUCCAGAAAACAUAAUAAUGUCUCUGAUAUGCCACCAAAACCAAAUUGUGUUGCUUUUGUUUUUUAGCCUUGAAGGAUGUUAAUAAACUAUUGUUUAUUUAA